ACUUGCCGAUGCCGUCUCCCUCCUCCUCCUCACAAUCAAUCAACCAGCAGCGGCAGCAAAGCUAAUCCUUAACGAAAACCUUCCCCCCCGCGAGCGAAAUCCCCCAAAAAUCGCAACCCCGUAGCCGCUCCACCGGAUUCAUCUCGAAGCCGCCGCCGCCGCCGCCGCCGCCGCCUUCGCUACGAUCCUCCGCGGCCAUGGCGGCCACCGAUCGCGGCCUCUACCCUCCGAUCGACCCGUACGACCUCGAGCCCCCGCGGUUCGUGGAGGACGACACGGCCGGCAGCUGCGGCGGCGGCGAGGCUAGGGUUUGCGACCCGCCGCAGGUGAUGUGGGACGAGGAGCCUGAGGCAUCUCCUUCCCCCGAACCGGUGAUCGAGGAAGCCCACACAUUUGAGCAUAGGGCAAAUGUUCUUCAUCUUGCCAGAAAUAAUGCAGUAGGCAGUGUUGGUGUUGGCAAUGUCUAUGGGGGCCACAGUGAAAUGACCACCAGGAAGGAAUUGGUAGAGAACAUGUACUAUGAUUGCCCCCUCCGUGAUCAGACUGACAUAUGGGUGCCUCCAUCUGCUCCACCGAUGACAAAGCAUGAUCAUGAAGAGUGGCGAAAGGGCUUUGGUUCUAAUGGUGGGUUCUUCCCUGAAGAAGAUGAUAAGUGGGAUAUUGAUGAAGAAAAUAAGGAGAUGACAAUGUGGGAUGUGCUUGCUGAGAUGGUUGCUGCAGGGAGACACAAAUUAUUGUCUGUUGUGUCAUAUGAUUUCGGGAGGCAAGGCAUGUCUCUGAUUUCACAUUUGCUUCUUGAAGAGGCUUGUAAGGAUAAGGCUGAUAUAAUUUCAAAUGCUAGUGUUGGCCUUGAACACGCACUCCUUGAGGCAGAACCAACAGACUGGCUGCCUGAUAGUGCUUCUCCUUCUUGCAUGCUUUGCGGAGCUCGUUUUCAUCCAAUAAUUUGCACCCGCCAUCAUUGUCGUUUCUGUGGUGGGCUGUUUUGUGGUGGCUGCUCAAAGGGUAGAAGCAUGAUGCCUCCAAAAUUCGGCACUUCAGAUCCUCAAAGGGUCUGUGAUGUUUGUGGCGUACGCCUUGAAUGUAUUCAGCCUUAUUUGAUGAAUAAUGUCAGCCGUGCUUGUCAACUUCCUACAAAUGAUUUGACAAACUUAAGCACCUUGAGGUCAUGGUUAAACUUACCAUGGGCACGCACAAUGGAAUAUGAGAUAUAUAAGGCUGUAAAUUCUAUACAUGGAUAUUUUAAGGUUGGAAAUUUGAAACCAGAGAAGUCAAUCCCUGAUUUGAUUCUUAGACAAGCAAAAGGACUUGCUAUAAUUACUGUGGUAAAUGUUGGAAUGAUGAUGACGUACAAAAUUGGUACUGGAUUGGUUGUUGCUCGAAGGGCUGAUGGUUCCUGGUCACCUCCUUCUGCCAUCUCUACUUAUGGUGUUGGAUAUGGAGUUCAGGCUGGAGGGGAGUUAGCUGACUAUAUCAUUGUUCUGAGGAAUACUGAUGCCAUCAAAACUUUCAGUGGAAAUGCACAUCUGUCAGUUGGGGCUGGCAUUAGUGCCUCUGCUGGUCAUCUUGGGCGGGUAGCAGAGGCUGAUUUCCGUGCAGGUGAUGGUGGUUAUGCAGCCUGUUACACAUACAGUUGUAGCAAAGGGGCAUUUGUGGGCUGUGCACUCAAUGGUAGUGUUGUAUCAACUCGACAUUUGGAGAAUGCUCUAUUUUAUGGUGGUCCAGUAAACGCAUCAGAAAUCCUGCUUGGUUCAAUGAGUAGGCCAGCUGCUGCUGCUACCCUCUACAGAGCUCUGUCCAAAUUAUUUGAGAAGGUCGAAAAUUAAUUCUAGCCUCUUGAUUUCUGACACACAUUGUGUCCCCUGGUGAUUACCCACUGGUAUCUCUAGGUAUUUGCCUUGUGCUCUGCUUACUCCCGAGUUGUGAUUAAUCAACUGUACAGUUUGCCAUUCGUUACUACAUCAAAUAGAUCAUCUCUCCAAUGCCACAAACACACAAACCACUUUGUAAAUGUUGUGCAUAUAAUUGUUACGUUUGCGUGAUGAAUGAAAGGGGAAAACAGAAACUGUUGUUCUGA